AUGUCCAGCCGAGGUACCCCUGCUGCAGGAGGCGGAGGCAAUUCCGCUGCUCGCCAAGUCAUCGAUAUUCUUCAUGAAAUCUCAACAUUACUGAAUACAAAACUUGAUCGAACCACGCUUUCUCUUUGCGUUAGUCUUAUUGAAAAUGGUGUUAACCCAGAAGCAUUAGCGGCCGUCAUAAAAGAACUUAGAAAAGAGAGUGAAAGGCUCCAGGAAGAGGAUGAUAACGAUGAUGAUGAAGAUUAA